AUGGCUGGUCCCUUCUCCCGUCUGCUGUCCGCCCGCCCGGGAAUCAGGCUCCUGGCUUUGGCCGGAGCGGGGUCUCUAGCCGCUGGGUUUCUGCUCCGACCGGAACCUGUACGAGCGGCCAGUGAACGACGGAGGCUGUAUCCCCCGAGCGCUGAGUACCCAGACCUCCGAAAGCACAACAACUGCAUGGCCAGUCACCUGACCCCAGCAGUCUAUGCACGGCUCUGCGACAAGACCACACCCACUGGUUGGACGCUAGAUCAGUGUAUCCAGACUGGCGUGGACAACCCUGGCCACCCCUUCAUCAAGACUGUGGGCAUGGUGGCUGGAGAUGAGGAGACCUAUGAGGUAUUUGCUGACCUGUUUGACCCUGUGAUCCAAGAGCGACACAAUGGAUAUGACCCCCGGAUAAUGAAGCACACCACGGAUCUGGAUGCCAGUAAAAUCCGUUCUGGCUACUUUGAUGAGAGGUAUGUAUUGUCCUCUAGAGUCAGAACUGGCCGAAGCAUCCGAGGACUCAGUCUGCCUCCAGCUUGCACUCGAGCGGAGCGACGGGAGGUGGAACGUGUUGUGGUGGAUGCACUGAGUGGCCUGAAGGGUGACCUGGCUGGACGUUACUAUAGGCUCAGUGAGAUGACAGAGGCUGAACAGCAGCAGCUUAUUGAUGACCACUUUCUGUUUGAUAAGCCUGUGUCCCCAUUGCUGACUGCAGCAGGAAUGGCUCGAGACUGGCCAGAUGCUCGUGGAAUUUGGCACAACAAUGAGAAGAGCUUCCUGAUCUGGGUGAAUGAGGAGGAUCAUACACGGGUCAUCUCCAUGGAGAAGGGUGGCAACAUGAAGAGAGUGUUUGAAAGAUUCUGCCGAGGCCUCAAAGAGGUGGAGAGACUUAUCCAAGAACGUGGCUGGGAGUUCAUGUGGAAUGAGCGUUUGGGAUACAUCUUGACCUGUCCAUCUAACCUGGGCACUGGACUUCGGGCAGGAGUGCACAUCAAACUGCCCCUGCUAAGCAAAGAUAGCCGCUUCCCAAAGAUCCUGGAGAACCUAAGACUCCAAAAGCGUGGUACUGGAGGAGUGGACACUGCUGCCACAGGCGGUGUCUUUGAUAUUUCUAAUUUGGACCGACUAGGCAAAUCAGAGGUGGAGCUUGUGCAGCUGGUCAUCGAUGGAGUAAACUAUUUGAUUGAUUGUGAACGGCGUCUGGAGAGAGGCCAGGAUAUCCGCAUCCCCACACCUGUCAUCCACACCAAGCAUUAA